UAAGUAGCUUUUUUUCUCUCUUGUAGCUUUAGGACCAGUGGAUUGUUUUCAUCAUCUGUCUGAAGACUCUUCUUUCUCAUUUUUGCCUUUACUUUUUCGUCUCCGCUUUUUCUGCCCUUUGUUCAAAUGGAUACUUCUUCUCAGUGGCCACAGGGUAUAGGAAUAGUGAAAGGUGUUGAUGAAACCUCAUCAAAGUUGGAUCAAAGGAAACCGAGGCCACAGAAGGAGCAAGCGGUAAAUUGCCCAAGAUGCAAUUCAACAAACACAAAAUUCUGUUAUUACAACAAUUAUAGUCUCACUCAACCCAGAUAUUUCUGCAAGACGUGUAGAAGGUACUGGACUGAAGGGGGUUCUUUAAGGAAUGUUCCAGUAGGAGGCGGUUCCAGAAAAAACAAAAGAUCUAACCAUAACAAUAUCAACAAUAAUUCAUCAUCGUCUUCAACUACAUCAUCGUUGUCAUUAUCAUCAUCCAAAAAAUUAUUUACAGAUCUGGCAAACCCUAACGACCUCAAUAUAACUUAUAAUCCAAUACCCAGUACUACUACUCCGGGUAAUUUCAGUAGCUUUUCUGAUUUCAUGGCGUUACCUUUGAUCCACCCAUCAGCUAAUUCGGCUUCUACAUUCAUGCCGAAUAAUAAUUUGUACCCGUCAUCAACUACUGGGCUUUCGAAUUUACAUGAUUUGAAGCAUAGUAGUGGUAUCAAUUUUUCUUUGGAUGGAUUUGAAAAUGGGUAUGGAAGUUUACAAGGAAGUAGUGAUCAUCAAGAGGCAAAAUUGUUUUUCCCUAUGGAUGAUUUGAAGAUUAAUGUUUCAACUGUUGAUGAUCAGUUUGAAGAAAAUAGAGGGCAACCAGCAGAUCAAUCUAAUGGGUUUUGGAAUGGAAUGUUGGGUGGAGGAGGCACAUCCUGGUAAUUUUUUUUUCUGGAAAUUAUAAAAGGUGGUGUUUUUUUUUUUUUUUUUUCAAAAGUAAUUUUCACUGAGUGACAUAUUUAGUUGGUUUAAUUUCCUGUAUUAUCAGAACUUCUAUUAGUAUUUACUACUACUAACAGAUAGGAUAUAUAUAUAUAUGUAUGUGUUUUUUCUUUUUUCUUAACUCUUCAUUUGUUUGUGCUAUGAAACUUUAAUUCUCUUUCAUUUGCA